UUGAGUUGCAAAUUGUCAGGAACCGGGGGAUUGCAGGCAGCCCUUGUGGUUGACUGGAAAUCGAUUUCCAUCUCUCAGACACUAGUUAGAAUGGGCUGUGUGUUCUGGAAGGGGGUGGAAGUAAGGAGGAGGAGGUGCUGUGAGCAGAGUUCUUGAAGCUCCACUCCUCUGGGGAAGCCGAGCCGUGAGGGGGACUCCUGACUGAGCGGAGCGUGUGAAUUGGAAAGGAUCCUGCUAGCUGGCUAGUCCCAGUUCCUCUCCAGAAAAGCAGUUGCUCUGGCUUCAGAGAUGUGCCCAGCCUUCGCCUGCAUCACACUGCAGUAAGUUCAACUCGACACGGUUGGCAGUUUGAGUGGCUUCUGGUGCUUUAAUACGUUAUUGAAACUACAAACCCAUAUCCACAGUGGUCUCAUUGUUGACAGACUUCAUAUUUUGAAAGCUUGAGGUAUUUUAUAAUGAAACAUGCCAUGUGGAAACUUUGAAGCAUAAAUUCUGCCAAACAUCUGAAUAAAGGAUUUCUCACCUGGUAUGUAAGAGGUCUCCUCACCACCACCAUGACAAACCAGGAAAAAUGGGUCCAUCUCAGCCCCUCAGAAUUUUCCCAGCUUCAGAAAUAUGCUGAAUAUUCUACAAAGAAAGUAAAAGACGUUCUUGAAGAAUUCCAUGGUAAUGGUGUGCUUGCAAAGUAUAAUCCUGAAGGGAAACAAGACAUUCUUAAACAAACAAUAGAUUUUGAAGGUUUCAAGCUAUUUAUGAAGACAUUCCUGGAAGCCGAGCUUCCUGAUGAUUUCACAACACACCUUUUCAUGUCAUUUAGCAACAAGUUUCCUCAUUCUAGUCCAAUGGUAAAAAGUAAGCCUGCUCUCCUCUCAGGUGGUCUGAGAAUGAAUAAAGGUGCCAUCACCUCUCCCCGUACUUCUCCAGCAAAUACGUGUUCCCCAGAAGUAAUCCACCUGAAGGAUAUUGUCUGUUACCUGUCUCUCCUUGAAAGAGGAAGACCUGAGGAUAAACUGGAGUUUAUGUUUCGCCUCUAUGACACGGAUGGAAAUGGCUUCCUGGACAGCUCGGAACUAGAAAAUAUCAUCAGUCAGAUGAUGCAUGUGGCAGAGUACCUGGAAUGGGACGUCACUGAACUUAAUCCAAUCCUUCAUGAAAUGAUGGAAGAAAUUGACUAUGAUCAUGAUGGAACAGUCUCUCUGGAGGAAUGGAUUCAAGGAGGCAUGACCACAAUUCCACUUCUUGUGCUCCUGGGCUUAGAAAAUAAUGUGAAGGAUGACGGACAGCACGUGUGGCGACUCAAGCACUUUAACAAACCUGCCUACUGCAAUCUUUGCUUGAACAUGCUGAUCGGCGUGGGGAAGCAGGGCCUCUGCUGCUCCUUUUGCAAGUACACAGUCCAUGAGCGCUGCGUGGCUAGAGCACCUCCUUCUUGCAUCAAGACUUACGUAAAGUCCAAGAAGAACACUGAUGUGAUGCAUCAUUACUGGGUUGAAGGCAACUGCCCAACCAAGUGUGAUAAGUGCCACAAAACAGUUAAAUGUUACCAGGGCUUGACAGGACUGCAUUGUGUUUGGUGUCAGAUCACACUGCAUAAUAAAUGUGCUUCUCAUCUGAAACCUGAAUGUGACUGCGGACCUUUGAAGGACCAUAUUUUACCACCUACAACAAUUUGUCCAGUGGUACUGCAGACUCUGCCCACUUCAGGAGUUUCAGUCCCUGAGGAAAGACAAGCAACAGUGAAAAAGGAAAAGGGUGGCUCCCAGCUGUCAAACAAAGUGAUUGACAAGAACAAAAUGCAAAGAGCCAACUCUGUUACUGUGGAUGGACAAGGCCUACAGAUCACUCCUGUUCCUGGUACUCAUCCACUUUUAGUUUUUGUGAACCCCAAAAGUGGUGGGAAGCAAGGAGAACGAAUUUACAGAAAAUUCCAAUAUCUGCUAAAUCCUCGUCAGGUUUACAGUCUUGCUGGAAAUGGACCAAUGCCAGGGUUAAACUUUUUCCGUGAUGUUCCUGAUUUCAGAGUGUUAGCCUGCGGUGGAGAUGGAACUGUGGGGUGGAUUUUGGACUGCAUAGAAAAGGCAAAUGUAGUCAAGCAUCCUCCAGUGGCUAUUCUGCCUCUCGGGACCGGCAAUGAUCUAGCAAGAUGUCUGCGAUGGGGAGGAGGUUAUGAGGGUGAGAAUCUGAUGAAAAUCUUAAAAGACAUUGAAAACAGCACAGAAAUCAUGUUGGACAGGUGGAAGUUUGAAGUCAUACCUAAUGACAAAGAUGAGAAGGGAGACCCAGUGCCUUACAGUAUCAUCAAUAAUUACUUUUCCAUUGGCGUGGAUGCUUCCAUUGCUCACAGAUUCCACAUCAUGAGAGAAAAACACCCAGAAAAAUUCAAUAGUAGAAUGAAGAACAAAUUUUGGUAUUUUGAGUUUGGCACAUCUGAAACUUUCUCAGCCACCUGCAAGAAGCUACAUGAAUCUGUAGAAAUAGAAUGUGAUGGAGUACAGAUUGAUUUAAUAAACAUCUCUCUGGAAGGAAUUGCUAUUUUGAAUAUACCAAGCAUGCAUGGAGGGUCCAAUCUUUGGGGAGAGUCUAAGAAAAGACGAAGCCAUCGCCGAACAGAGAAAAAAGGGUCUGACAAAAGGACCACGCUCACAGAUGCCAAAGAGUUGAAGUUUGCAAGUCAAGAUCUGAGUGAUCAGCUGCUGGAGGUGGUUGGCUUGGAAGGAGCUAUGGAGAUGGGGCAAAUAUACACAGGACUGAAAAGUGCUGGGCGGCGGCUGGCUCAGUGCUCCUCUGUGGUCAUCAGGACUAGCAAGUCUCUGCCAAUGCAGAUCGAUGGGGAACCAUGGAUGCAGACCCCAUGCACCAUAAAAAUUAUGCACAAGAACCAAGCCCCGAUGCUGAUGGGCCCUCCUCCAAAAACCGGGUUGUUCUGCUCCCUCAUCAAAAGAACAAGAAACCGAAGCAAGGAAUAAUCCUGUAUCUUUUCAUUCUUAGAGAUUUAAUUAGCAUAAUUGGGCCAUGGAACACUUAUGCUGGAAAUCGUUGAACAAUUUCAAGUCUCCUGCUCAUGCAAAAUCAUGGAAUUGGUUUAACAGUUUUUGUUACUGAGUUAAUGUAAAAUCCAGCUAUUAGAAAAUUUAAUGUCUCAGUUUUUAUAAGCAUCUUUGCAUGAAGAAAGCAGAAGUUUACAUGAAGUGAUACUGCCUAUUUUUGUUGCAUGCAUUCCCAUAAAUUUUUUUGUCUCCUACCCAUUCCUUCUCCAAUUUCCAUUUACUAACCUGUAAAAAAAACCUGUACAACAAAAAAAGGAAAUAUCACGGGAAAUGUGAUUCCAGUUAUUAAUAAGCACUACUUAAUAAUGCUACAAUAAUCAUAAUUGCAGAUUGCUAUACUUUUCCCUUUAGAAUCAAACAGUAUAUCAAUGAUCUUUGACCUGUGAGUUGAGGAGAAGCUUUUAAUUGAAAGGUUUUGUUAAAUAGUUGUCUACUUGCUGUAUCUAAGUAGUUUUUCUUCGACAUCUUGAUGCUUCUGAGUGGAAUUUAAGAUAUCAGGUAUAAAGUAUUCUUAUGCUAAGAAGUAGGAAGUGGUUUUUAGUUUGUUUAGUUUUGUUUUUAAUUCCAGACAUAAGUGGAAACAUAUUACUUGGCAGUAAAGUAUGUUAACAUGGCAAGCCUUAUUCCCUUCUGCAUGUGAAUUUAGAAGAAAAUUCUUAAUCACAACAGUAACCAAAUAGAUGUUUGAAACUAUGUGCCUAAUAAACUGUGUUUCCCACCAAAGAUUCAGAAAAAGAUGCUUUGAGAGAAAUGGGUUAAUGCAUAAUUAAUUAAGCAUUGUGGAGAAAAUCUAUGGUUCUAAUGUGCAAUUUUGUGAUGACUAAAACUCUGGAAGAGAGUGAAUUACCCAUUAAUUAUAAUUAAAAUUCUCACUUUUCACAGACAAUAAGCCGUACAACACAAUCAAAGCUCAACGGCUGAUUUCUUGCUUUUUUGGCCAUUUAUAAGUAUAGACGUCUGUAAUUUUUAAUGGGUCAGUUAAGUACACUUGAGAAAGUAAAUGAUUGUAUCAGUUCCUUUCUAGUAUAAAUUGAUACCUGUAAUAAUAUUGAGCUCAUUGAAGUUAAUCAUGCAUGCAUUUGCACCCUCCCCCUCACCGCCUCUACUCCCAUCUCUGUGACAUUUCAAAUAUUUAUUUGGAAAUAACGGCCUAGAUUGUUGUUAAAGUAUUUCAUGGCCUGGGUGGAUUCUCUGAUUGUUUGAAGAAAUUAUGGAAUAGUAUUUUUUAAGUGUUUCAUUAAGCCUAUGAUAUAAAAUGAAAUGCUGUUCUGAGCAGAUUUGGUAUUGUUCAUUCAUAUUGACCUGCAUCUUAUCAUUGUAUGUUUUAUGUUUUCAAAUGUGCCAUAAGGAAAACAAGUGCUUGAAGUGCAUGAUUUAUUAGUUUCUCUCUCCACUCUGCAUUAAAGUACUAAUGAUUUAUCAGUUCUAUUUUUCUAUUGAUUCAUUCAUCUUUGAAUUACAAAUAACAUUUAGUGAUUCUGUUGAACAUAAUCCUGAGCAUGGAUUUAUGGAUUUCAAGUGAAAUUGCUAUAAUUUUUGUUCUUUGAUUUGAAGACUCAACUGAAUGCUGUUAUGUAAAAUGGCUACCCUCAAGCAUUGUGCUAUAAUGGAAGAUUAUGUAUAAAGCGUAUUCUUUUAGUGUUCCAGGAACAUUGGAUGGAGGAUGGGAAACAACUGCAGUUUUCAAGGAAGAAUCUGUUUUGAAUCUCAGACUGUAUUCUACUUGAAUAAGACGAAACUUAUGACCCCAUUCCUUUUUGUGUCAAAGUUAGUCUGUUUUUAAUUGGUUAUUAAAAGGACAAUGUACCUUUCUUGGCACAUAUUAGCCCAAAGAGCUAUUCAAAUACACUACGUAUGUUCUAAAUUAAAAUAUUAAGCCCUUGUAAUAUAUGUUGAGGAUGUAAAGUUUAAAUAAAUAAAUAAACAAACAAACUUGCAGAAGAACUUGUAUUUUGUGAAAUGCAGAAAUCACCCCUUAAAUCUCUCAACUAAAGUGCAUUGUAUUUAAAUAAAGUUUGAAUAAACUCACAUUUAAAGGAUUCUAUACAUCUGUAUUGUGCUUAAAAACAUGGAAUUCAUUUCAUUAUACUAUCUUAAUUAUUUUCUCAGAAAGUGUUAUAUACAGUAUCCUGCUUUUUUGAAAUAAAAAUGUUAACCAUUCA